AAUACACGACGAAAUUUCCUUCCACUCUGUUCUGGAUUUUUCCUAAUUGCUUUUUAACUUUGUUGCUGUCAAUCUGUGUUUGACUGUUUUCCAGAACUCCUAUGAAGUUUUUCAGCUAAUUUCUCUUUCUUUUCUUGUCUUUCUAUGGGAGAGUUCAGUCCUCCCACCUCACCAUUUUGCUGACAUCACUGUACAUGUUAAAUUUUGUCUUCACAAUGUUCUUGUGUAUCAGUGCAUCACAAUUUCUGUUACUCUUUCCAAAUUUGUUGCCUUUUAAUUUGUUUAUAGGUUUUUCAUUUAUGAAUGAUGUGGAGCAGUUAGUAAAUUAUGUAAAAUGUGUAUCAGUGACAUUAUGAGAGUACCCUAAAAGUUAUAUAACUAGCUACAAGGAAUCAACACUCAAAGUCCCUUUGCACACUGUACAUAGUAUCCUAAGGCUAUUAAUAAUUAACUUCCAAUAAGCACUUUGCCAAAAUGUCUCUUUUCCGUUUUCUGUUCAGGAUUUCACCAGUCAGGUCUGUAAAGCAUAAUAAUUUUGCUAUGGGAAAUGUAAAAGUGGAAAUUUAUUUUCAUUUGAAGUUUUGAUUCUUUUUUUUUUUUGACUAUUGAGUUUUUUAUUUUAUUUUAUUUUUAAUUUUUUUAUUAGUUGGAGGCUAAUUACUUCACAACAUUUCAGUGGGUUUUGUCAUACAUUGAUAUGAAUCAGCCAUGGAUUUACAUGUCUUCCCCAUCCCAAUCCCUGCUCCCACCUCCCUCUCCACCCGAUUCUUCUCGAAACAUCCCACCCUCGCCUUCUCCCAGAGAGUUCAAAAGUCUGUUCUGUAUUUCUGUGUCUCUUUUUCUGUUUUGCAUAUAGGGUUAUCGUUACCAUCUUUCUAAAUUCCAUAUAUAUGUGUUAGUAUGCUGUAAUGUUCUUUAUCUUUAUCAGGACAUGGAAGCAACCUAGAUGCCCAUCAGCAGAUGAAUGGACAAGGAAGCUGUGGUACAUAUACACCAUGGAAUAUUACUCAGCCAUUAAAAAGAAUUCAUUUGAACCAGUCCUAAUGAGAUGGAUGAAGCUGGAGCCCCUUAUACAGAGUGAAGGCUGUCCUUGUGUGGACCCGUCCCUGUGGAGUCUGUGUGCACAAGGCUUUGGGGCAGAGCUGGUGCUGAGCAGUGUGAGCAAAGGCUUCUGUGCUCAGGGGCUGUCCCCCCCCUACUGGGCCAAGCGAGUCCCAAGACGCUGGAGCAGAACUCUGAGGGUUGGGUCCAGACUGGUUCCACUCGUUGUAAGUGUGCACCCCUUGACAUGGAAGCAACCUAGAUGCCCAUCAGCAGAUGAAUGGACAAGGAAGCUGUGGUACAUAUACACCAUGGAAUAUUACUCAGCCAUUAAAAAGAAUUCAUUUGAACCAGUCCUAAUGAGAUGGAUGAAGCUGGAGCCCCUUAUACAGAGUGAAGGCUGUCCUUGUGUGGACCCGUCCCUGUGGAGUCUGUGUGCACAAGGCUUUGGGGCAGAGCUGGUGCUGAGCAGGGGCUGUCCCCCCCCUACUGGGCCAAGCGAGUCCCAAGACGCUGGAGCAGAACUCUGAGGGUUGGGUCCAGACUGGUUCCACUCGUUGUAAGUGUGCACCCCUUGUAAGUAUGCACCCCCAUCCCCUGCACUGCACCUUUGCCCCAGAGGGUGGCAGAGCUGGAGGAAGGUGUGCAGGAGUAGCCCCUGGUGCGGGUGGCCAUGCAUGUGGUGCAGCCCUUUCACACCAUCAGAGCCCCAGACCCUGCUCCUCGGGGCCCUCUGUGAUGGCCACCCUGCCCCGUCCAGAUGCGUGGGUGUUCCUGUGUGUGUUCCUGUAUGUGUGUCCCUGUGUGUGUGUGUGUCCUGUGUGUGUGUGUGUUCCUGUGUGUGUG